AAGGGAGAAAGAAACAAGGGGGAAAAUCAGGGUCUCAUUACAAGAGCAACAGAGCGUUUUAGAGGACUGUCAGCAUGGAAAACCGGGGGAUUCUACGCAGCUCCCUUUAAAAACGGCGAGAAGAGGCUGGAGAGAAGCCCACCAGACCUGGCGCUGGGGCACUACUGUAUCCUGUUUGUUCUUCAGGGAUCUAAUGUCCUGUCUCCUGUUCCACAGUGUUGACUUUUCUACUUCUGAAGAAUCAGAGGUUAUUUAUUCUGUGAGGGCCUCAAAGUUAUGCAGCAUAUCUUCUAUGACACUUGUUUUUGGUAGUGAUUCUCAUCCACUGGGCUUGUUCCUUUGUUUAUCUUCCUUAUGGAAAAUUGUUUCUGUUGAAGCAUCUUCUUUGUUUCAUCUGGCAUGGAGAGUGCAAUCACACUGUGGCAAUUCCUGUUGCAGUUGCUUCUUGAUCAGAAACAUGAACACCUGAUUUGUUGGACAUCCAAUGAUGGUGAAUUUAAGUUACUUAAGGCAGAAGAAGUGGCUAAGCUGUGGGGACUCAGAAAAAAUAAAACUAACAUGAAUUAUGAUAAACUGAGCAGAGCUCUGAGAUACUAUUAUGACAAGAACAUUAUCAAGAAGGUGAUUGGUCAGAAGUUUGUGUACAAGUUUGUUUCUUUCCCGGAAAUCUUAAAGAUGGAUCCUCACGCUGUGGAAAUCAGCAGGGAAAGCCUUUUGCUGCAGGACAGCGACUGCAAGAUACCUCUGGAGAGCAGAGAACAGCAUAAGCAUGGCCUCCCAGUCUUGAAAGGCACAAGCCGCAACGAAUACAUUCAUUCAGGGCUGUACUCGUCUUUCACCAUCAAUUCCUUACAAAAUCAGCCAGAAACUCUCAAGCAAAUUAAAACCGAAAAGAUGGAAGAAAAAUUGGAAGAAGCCACACCUCUGGAAGAAGUCCGGACUGUUAUUAGAUUUGUGACAAACAAAACAGACAAACAAGUCAUGAGGCCUGUUGUGUCAUUGCCAUCUACAUCUGAAGCAGCAAAUGCUUCUACAUUUUUAGCAUCCUCUGUCUCUGCAAAAAUAUCAUCCUUAAUGUUACCCAACAUAACAAGCGUAUCUUCAGCUUCAUCAACUUCCUCUCGAUCACCAUCUCUGUCACCUAACUCACCCCUUUCUUCAGAACACAGAAAUAUCUAUUUGGAGUCUACUUGCCAGGAUUCAGAUUCUCUUGAGCCACUGAAUCUUUCUUCAGGAUCCAAAAUAAAAUCUCCUUCUCUUCCUCCAAAGGCUAAGAAACCCAAAGGCUUAGAAAUCUCCGCACCUCCAAUGGUUCUUUCAAGUACUGAUCUCGGCUCUAUUGCCCUCAAUAGCCCCGCGCUUCCCUCAGGAUCCUUGACUCCUGCUUUCUUCACUGCACAGACUCCAAAUGGAUUACUGUUGACCCCAAGUCCACUGCUUUCUAGCAUUCACUUUUGGAGCAGCCUCAGUCCUAUUGCUCCAUUGAGUCCUGCCAGACUGCAGGGACCAAAUACCUUGUUCCAGUUUCCAACUCUGCUAAAUGGUCACAUCCCAAUGCAAAUUCCCAGCUUGGAUGGGGCCUCUUCUCCAGUUCUCCUUUCUCCAAAUGCUCAUAAAUCCUGAUGUCUCAGCAAACUGGGGACUCACUAAUAAACUGGAUUUGACACAGCCAUUCUGAUGGGUUUCAUUUUUCUGGUAACGCCAGGAGGACAUGAUGAAACUCUUUUACUAUGGUUUGCACUUUCCAUUACACAGAUGACCUACUUGUAUGGUGUUUAUUUAGCAUUUUUAUACAGCGAGGGGGUUUUUUUGUAUAAGAAAUCUUUUGUGCAUUAAAACAACUUAUAAUUUUUAUAUUCUGCUCUCCAAGUGUUGAACACUGUUAAUGAAGUUAUCUUUCUUAAUACAUUUCUAAACAAUAUGUAAAGGAUGUGAAAUGUUUUACUUCUGUACUUACGCGUAUUAUGCAUCAUGCUUGUAUAAACUAUAACCGGCUGUGCCUUCUUUUGCAUAAUGUUAUAUAAAUGAUUUAUAUAUUUUCCAAUAUUAAGAUAAACGUUGGAAAGAACCAAGUAUUGAACACUUUUCUCCCCAUCCUAGUAUUUCAGUAUUCCCCUUAUGGUCAGCCAUGUGGUGCAGUAUAUUCAUGUAAUUUUGAAUUAAGCGCUUUCCAAAUAUAUAAAGAAUAUUUUUGUUUACUUCCUGAACUGAGAGGCCAUAAUAUUUUGGCCAGUGUGUUAAGAAUAUAACACUAUUUAGACAUUAGUGCUUGAAUUCUUCUGAAAUAGGAACAUGGUCUUAAAAUACUUGCAAUGUAUUUUAGGGGCAUUUUUUAAAUUGGAAGAAAUAACCUUAUUCAGUGCCACUAUCUUUGUGUAUAAAGCUGAUUGUUAAAAGA